AUGCAGAUAGAGCUAAUGAGGUCAACUAUUAAAGGGAUGUUUACUCAGGGGAAUAAGGAGGACUCUUCUGCUGGCAGAGGCAAUAUGAAUGUUAUUGAAGAAUGGGAAAUUAGGCCAGGAGGAAUGUUAGUUCAAAAGAGAACCACGGCUGAUUCCAAUCACAAUUCUGUUCUUGUUUCCUCUAUUAAAGUUAAAGUCAAAUACGGUUCUUCAUGUCACGAAAUUAGUAUCAGUUCUCAAGCAAGCUUUGGAGAACUGAAGAAAAUGCUAGCACAACAUACAGGAGUGCACCAUGAGGAUCAAAAGCUGAUAUACAAGAAGAAGGAGAGAAAUUCCACGGCGUAUUUAGAUAUUACAGGAGUGAAAGAUGGAUCCAAAAUUGUGUUAAUUGAAGACAUUACCAGCCGCGAAAGGCGGCGUCUUGAGAUGCUUAAAUCUGCUAAGAUACAAAACGGUUCAAAGUCAUUGCAACAGAUCACCUUGGAAGUUGACCAACUUGGCGGAAAGGUGACAUCCUUGGAAACAACAACUUAUAAAGGAGGAAAAGUUGCAGAGAAAGAUGUGGAGGAUUUGACUGAAAUGUUGAUGACAAAAUUAGUAGCAUUGGAUGGAAUUUUUGCUGAGGGAGACUUGAGGUUGCAGAAGAGAAUGCAGGAAAGGAGAGUUCAACAGUACAUUGAAACUCUGGAUAAGCUGAAGUCAAACUGUUCUACUGCCAAUAGCAACGGAGGCAAAAUCCCAUUUCAGCAACAAGAUAAUUCAAUUGGGAAAAUGCCAACACCCGUGCAAAAGAAGCCAAUUCGAAGCAAUGGGGGCAAAAUCCCAUUGCAGCAACACCAACAGGAUAAUUCAAUAGGCAUAAUGCCAAUAUCAAUGCAAAAGCAGUCAAUUCAAAGCAACGGAGGCAAAAUCCCAUUGCAGCAACGAGAUAAUUCAACUGGGAAAGUGGCAAUACCAAUGCAAAAACAUUCUGUUCAAUCCAAGCAGCAGAAUGCUACAAGAGAAAUGCCAUCACGGCAGCAGCGACCAAUAUUGAGGCAUUCUGAGUCUGUUGUGGUCACAACAACAUGGGAAACCUUUGAUUAA